CGCCAAACGUCACGUGUCACUCUUUUCGCGCGAAACCGUUGCUCUGUUGUCGAGACUGUAGCGUGUCUCUCCGGAAAACAGCGGCACGACUCUGUGUUAUUCUGAACGUUUUUCAGUCUUUUAUUCCUUUUUGACGGUGUUUCAACAUGGAUGUUGCCACAGCAACCGCGGAGAAUGCCGGAGAGAUUGUGAAAGACGAGUUGGCUGAAAAAUGUCAGAAGUUAUUCCAGGCUUUCUUAGAGGAGUACCAGACCGGGGACGGGGAGGUGAAGUAUGUCCGUGAGGCAGAGGAGCUGAUCAGGCCGGAGAGGAACACGCUGGCGGUGAGCUUCACUGACCUGGAGGGCUUCAACCAGGAGCUGGCUACCACCAUCCAGGAGGAGUACUACAGAGUUUACCCCUUCCUCUGUCGGGCAGUGCGCAACUUUGCUCGGGAUCACGGGAAUGUUCCUCUCAACAAAGAGUUCUACGUAGCCCUGGAGGAACUGCCCACCAGACACAAGAUCCGUGAGCUGUCAUCCAUGCGCAUCGGCACCCUGGUGAGGAUCAGUGGGCAGGUGGUGAGGACACACCCAGUCCACCCUGAACUGGUGAGUGGCACCUUCCAGUGCAUGGACUGCCAGGCAUUGAUCAAAGAUGUCCCCCAGCAGUUCAAAUACUCUCCUCCCACCAUCUGUAGAAACCCUGUGUGCAACAACCGCAGCCGCUUCCACCUCGACACGCACAAAUCCAAGUUCAUCGACUUCCAGAAGGUGCGUGUCCAGGAGACGCAGGCGGAGCUGCCUCGUGGUUCGAUCCCCCGCUCCCUGGAGAUUGUCCUGAGGGCGGAGGCUGUGGAGAUGGCUCAGGCCGGAGACCGCUGCGACUUCACCGGGACCCUCAUCGUCGUGCCGGACGUCUCUCAGCUCACCACUCCCGGUGUGCGCGCAGAGACCAGCACCCGGGUCCCUGGAGGGCCACAGGGCUUUGAAGCCGAUGGUUUGAAGGGACUGAAGGCCCUGGGAGUCAGAGAGCUUUCGUACAGACUGGCCUUCCUCGCCUGCAACGUGGCCCCCACCAACCCACGGUUUGGUGGAAAGGAGCUGCGAGAUGAGGAGCAGACAGCAGAGAGCAUCAAGAGCCAGAUGACGGAGAAGGAGUGGGAGAAAGUAUUUGAGAUGAGCCAGGACAAGAACCUGUACCACAACCUUUGCACCAGCCUCUUCCCAACCAUCCACGGCAACGACGAGGUGAAGCGCGGUAUCCUGCUGAUGCUGUUUGGAGGCGUUCCCAAGACGACCAUGGAGGGCAUCUCGCUGAGAGGAGACGUCAACUUGUGCAUCGUCGGAGACCCCAGUACUGCCAAGAGCCAGUUCCUCAAGCACGUGGAGGAGUUCAGUCCCAGAGCAGUGUACACCAGCGGGAAGGCGAGCACAGCUGCAGGUCUGACGGCAGCUGUGGUCAGAGACGAGGAGUCCGGCGAGUUUGUGAUCGAGGCCGGAGCUCUGAUGCUAGCGGACAACGGUGUGUGCUGCAUUGAUGAGUUUGACAAGAUGGACCUUAAGGACCAGGUGGCCAUCCAUGAGGCCAUGGAGCAGCAGACCAUCAGCAUCACCAAGGCCGGAGUCAAGGCCACCCUGAACGCUCGCACCUCCAUCCUGGCUGCAGCCAACCCUGUGGGCGGGCGCUACGACCGCAGCAAGAGUCUGAAGCAGAACGUCAACAUGACUGCCCCCAUCAUGAGCCGCUUCGACCUCUUCUUCAUCCUGGUGGACGACUGUAACGAGGUGACGGACUACGCCAUCGCCAGACGCAUCGUGGACCUGCACUCGCGCAUUGCAGAAUCUGUGGACAGACUGUACUCUCUGGAUGAGAUCCGCAGAUAUCUGCUCUUUGCAAGGCAGUUCAAACCCAAGAUUUCCAGCGAAUCCGAAGAGUUCAUCGUGGAGCAGUACAAGCGUCUCAGACAGCGCGACAGCUCCGGAGGCGUGACCAAGUCGGCCUGGAGGAUAACGGUGCGGCAGCUUGAGAGCAUGAUCCGCCUGUCGGAGGGCAUGGCCCGCAUGCACUGCUGCGACGAGGUGCAGCCCAAACACGUGAAGGAAGCCUUCCGUCUGCUGAACAAAUCCAUCAUCAGAGUGGAGACGCCCGACAUCAACCUGGGGCAGGAUGACGACCUGGAGGAAGAGGAGCAACAGGAGGAUGGAAACGCCAUCCCUAAUGGAGUGAAUGCUGUGAACGGCCUCACAAAUGGUGUCAAUGGGCCCACAAAUGGAACUAACGGCAACACAAACGGUGUGGAGGGACACACUGAGCCAGGCAGCCAGGCCAAACCAGCUCUCCGCCUGUCUUUCCCCGAGUACAGGCGCAUUUCCAACCUGCUGGUCUUGCAUUUGCGCCGGGCAGAAGAAGCUGAGGAAGAGGAGGAGUUGAAGAAAAGUGCAGUGGUGAACUGGUAUCUGAAGGAGAUCGAGUCGGAGAUUGACUCCGAAGAGGAGCUGGUCAAUAAGAAGGGUCUGAUAGAGAAGGUCCUCCACAGACUGGUGCACUAUGAUCACAUCCUCAUCGAGCUGUCUCCGUCCGGGCUGAAGGGCUCAGAAUCUGCUGGCACAGAAGAAGUCGUGUUUGUUGUCAACCCCAACUACACCCUGGAAGAUUAAACUUCACCCCUGUGUUUAUGUUUUCUUCACUCCCCUUACAACUUCCAUCCUUGUUGAUAUUUUACUUCAACAAUAAAGUUGAUGUUCAAGGUGUUGUUCAAUGCUUAUAUGUAACGCAUACAUACCAGAAGCAUCAGAGAUGUUAUACGACUUGUUUUGAACUGUACAGAAGAUUCUGGGGCUCUUAAAAACCAGACAUUCAUAGUCAAACUGCUUUGUAAAUAUGCUGCUCUGUUCUCCAGUUGUUUGAUGGUUUCUGUCUGUUUUGACCCUACGUUAAGGAAACUGCCCUAGAAUUGUCCAAUCGCUUAUUCCACAACUGUAUAUUUGACAUUGAGGCUCUAUGGUUUCAAUGUGAUUUUGUAAAAUGAUGAAAUAAAUUGAAUAAAAAAAGUUGCUUAAAGAAAUAAAAUAUUGACAAACUAAAAGCUA